GUACUCUAUACCUGGUAUCAACUAACUUUAUACCUCAUUCAACUUGUAUUUCCACGUGUUUUUGGGCACCUGAUACUUUGUCCUCUAUCAAGUUACUUUGAACAAGCCAUAGAAGAAAUCAGGCCCCGAACGAUCACCGAGCGGUACAGGCUCCGACAGGCUCCGAUUCUCAAAUGACGCCCAGUUGAACGCGGCUAUUCGUACUAAGAGCAUAUAUAAAUUUUUAAAUUCAAAAGUUAAUAGUCGAUUGAUGAAUAUAUUGUAGUUAAAUAAUUAUUUUUAGUUUUGUUUUUUUUUUUUAAUAAUAAUUGUACUGAAAGAAAAAAAAAAAGUCAUUUAUUUUGCAAAGGUUGGAGUAAAACACAUGAUGUGAGUGGAAAAUAGUGUUUUUGUUUAUGUGUGUAUGUGUUCAUUGUUGAUCGUGGUUCAAACUCCAAACUAUUGGAAAAUGUUUUUGAAAAAAAUGUAACAAUAUUAAUUAUAUAAUAUUCGAGUUGGGGGGUGGGGGGUGGGGUAAAAAAAAAAAAUAAUUUAAAAAUGUGCGAGUGUGGUGAUAAUUGUACAGUUAAUGAAGAAAAUAAUAAUAAUUAUUAUAAUUGUCCUAUUGAUAUAAAUGAGAAAAUAAGUGAAUCAAAUUAAUUAAAGUGAAUAAUAAAAUAUAAAUAAAUUGGAUAACAAUACUGGCUGAAUUUGCUUCAAGACCACCUGAGAUGGCCACCCUCGGCCUAUCAAAGGUUUUCAUACUGGACAAGUACUUUACCGAGUUACAAAAAUUCUGGGAAACUGAGAUUAAAGAUGCAUCAUCGUCAAAUGAAGCUGUACAUCUUCAGCAAUGUUUACGAAGUCUCAGUACAGAAUUAUCAACCCUUCGUAAUCGUUACGCAAUUGUACACGUAAAUCAGCCAGAUGAUUCUGGAACGGGUAGUCCCAAUGAUGGCAGCGGUGGCAGUAAUGGUUGUGGUGGUGGUGUUGAUAUUGGUUGUAGUGCAAGCACUGCUGGUGUGCCUAGUGCCUUUAUACAAAAUACCGAGAAGACAGAAGCUACACUUGCACCCGCUGUACCACCACGUACAACAUUACCUCAUGGAAUUGGACAACACACAUCCGGUCACAAUAUCACAGCUUCCGCAAUCAUACAUCCAUAUGCCAAUCACCCUACUACUACUACUACUACUACUGCUACCAACAAUAACAACAACACCAACACCAAUGAUCUUACCCACAAUUCUGCCACAAACAAUUUAAUAUCUGGUAAACGUCAAAAUGAUGGAAUGGUAUCAUGUGUAACAGCACUUGGUUCAUUAAGAUCACCACCAGUAUCUCGAAUGAUUGCUGAUGUUAAAAGUAGAAAAACAUCACAAAUACAACAACGAUGUAUGACUAAAUCAAAUCAAGUUAUUAAUACCAUAACAUCAACAUUACUUGAUGAUCUUAUUCAUUUAUCUGGACCAUUAACUGAACAUGCAGUAUUAAAAUGUCUUCAAGCACGUUUUUUUGCAAAGCAAUAUCAUACAAAUGUUGGUCCAAUUUUAGUCAGUAUAAAUCCUUAUACUGAUGUUGGAAAUCCAUUGACAUUGACAAGUACACGUGCUGUACCAUUGGCACCACAAUUGAACAAAGUUGUACAGGAAGCUGUAAGACAACAAUCAGAAACUGGUUAUCCACAAGCAAUUAUUUUAUCUGGUACUAGUGGCUCAGGUAAAACUUAUGCAUCAAUGUUAUUAUUAAGACAACUUUUUGAUGUUGCUGGUGGUGGACCAGAGACUGAUGCAUUUAAACAUCUUGCUGCUGCUUUUACUGUACUUAGAUCUUUAGGUUCUGCAAAAACAGCAACAAAUUCUGAAAGUUCAAGAAUUGGACAUUUUAUUGAAGUACAAGUAACAAAUGGUGCAUUAUAUAGAACAAAAAUUCAUUGUUAUUUUCUUGAUCAAACACGUGUUAUUAAACCAUUAACAAAUGAAAAAAAUUAUCAUAUUUUUUAUCAAAUGCUUGCUGGGCUAUCUAAUGAUGAACGAGUAAAACUAAAUCUUGAAGGAUACAAUUUAAAAAAUCUAAGAUAUCUUAAACAAGGUGAUACACGUCAAAAUGAAUCUGAAGAUGCCGUUAGAUUUCAAGCAUGGAAAGCAUGUCUUGGUGUUCUUGGUAUUCCAUUUUUAGAUGUUGUACGUGUACUUGCUGCUGUAUUAAUACUUGGUAAUGUUGAAUUUACUGAUGGCCCAGGGCUUGAGGUCAGUGUUAUUGGUCAAAAUGAACUUGUAUCAGUUGCUGCACUAUUAGGAGUAACACAAGUUGCAUUAUUAAAAGGUCUUACAUCAAGAACACAUAAUGCAAGAGGACAAUUAGUUAAAUCUGUAUGCGAUGCUAAUAUGUCAAAUAUGACAAGAGAUUCACUUGCAAAAGCACUAUAUUGUCGAACAGUUGCAACAAUUGUACGUCGUGCUAACAGUCUCAAGAGACUUGGAUCAACACUUGGUACAAUGUCAUCAAACUCAAAUGAAUCAGUUCACAAUCAAGUCGAGGUGUUGAGUCAACAUGCUUCAACAAUUGGUAGUUCAGCUGGAGGUACAGGAUCAAGAAGUAUGGCUGUAUUGAAUAAUGCAGUACGUCAUGCAACAGAUGGUUUUAUUGGUAUUUUAGAUAUGUUUGGUUUUGAAGAUCCAAAACCAAGUCAACUUGAACAUCUUUGUAUUAAUCUUUGUGCUGAAACAAUGCAACAUUUUUAUAAUACUCAUAUAUUUAAAAGUUCAAUUGAAAGUUGUCGUGAUGAGGGUAUACGUUGUGAUGUUGAAGUUGAUUAUGUUGAUAAUGUUCCUUGUAUUGAUCUUAUUUCAUCAUUGCGUACUGGUUUGUUGAGUAUGCUUGAUGUUGAAUCAUCAAUGCGUGGUACUGCUGAGAGUUAUGUUGCUAAAGUUAAAGUGCAACAUAAGCAAAAUCCAAGAUUAUCUGAUCCACGUUGUUUUGACAGUAGAUCUUUUGGUAUUCAACACUUUGCUGGUAGAGUCACGUAUGAUACUUCUGAUUUCCUAGAUACAAAUAAAGAUGUAGUACCAGAUGAUCUUGUUGCUGUAUUUUAUAAACAUACAUGUAAUUUUGGAUUUGCAACACAUUUGUUUGGUAGUGAGUUAAAAGCACUUUAUGCAAAUGACACAGUACCAAGAGGUGUUAGUUUUCGUAUAUCACCAACUUCUCAUACAGAUUUAUUAAAUGGUGAUGAACCAAUAUCAACACUUACACAAGAUUUUCAUACACGUUUAGACAAUUUAUUAAGAACUCUUGUACAUGCAAGACCUCAUUUUGUACGUUGUAUUAAAAGUAAUACAAUUGAAAGAUCUUUACAUCUUGACAGAGAUGUUGCAAUGCGACAAAUAAGAUCUCUUCAAGUACUUGAGACAGUUAAUCUUAUGGCAGGAGGUUAUCCACACCGAAUGCGUUUUAAAGCAUUUAAUGCAAGAUAUCGAUUAAUUGCUCCAUUUAAACAAUUACGACGUGCUGAAGAACAAGCCGUUGAAGAUACAAAACUUAUAUUACAAAAUGCACAACAAAUUAAAAGUAAAUUUGGUGCAAGUACUAGUUGGGCACUUGGUAAACGUCAUAUAUUUCUUAGUGAAGGAAUACGACAACAAUUAGAAAAUUUAAGAUCAGAAACACGUAGAAAAGCAGCAACAUCAAUACAAACAACAUGGCGAGGUUGGCAUGCUAGAAAAAAAUUUCCAAUAAUACGUUCUCAAUUACCAUUAAAUUCUUUACAUGGUUCAAAACAAUCACAACAAUCAUCUCAUAAUGGUACAAAUUCAAGAAGUAUUAAUAGUAGUAGUGGUACUGGUACAAGACCAAGACCACAACCAAUUGCUGGUACACCACCACCAGAACCAUCUGAAAAAUGUGCUGAAAAGUGUGCUGAUUUAAAAAUGAUACAACAAACAUGUACACUUUUUGGACUUGAUAUGGAAAGACCACCUCCACUUCCUCCAAGUAGAUCUUAUACAGUUGCUGGAAAUACAAAAUUAGGAUAUCCUCAAACUCGUAUUAUGAAAACACCAUUUCCAGAAGAAGGUGAGGGUGAAGUGGUAUUGCUUAAAGGUGAAACUGUUUUAGUCUUAGGUGCUUCACCAAAACGUGGACAUUUACUGGUUGAACACAACAAUUCAUUACAUCAUGUACCCUAUCAAUUUAUGGAACUAAAAUCUUGUAACAUUAAUAUUUAACGAAAAAAAAAAUUUAUAAAUUUUAAUAUGAAUUUCAUUUUUGUAUUUAAGGCUCAAACGAAAGACUAUAUAUUUAUACAUAAAUAUCAACACAUUGUUACUGCCAACUUAUUGCCAUAUAUAUAUAUAUUUUUUACUUUUUUUUUUAUCUUAUUAUUUUUAUAAACAUUUAUAUAAGAAUUAGUAAAUUUUAAGUAUUAUUAAUUAGUGUUUAAAGAAUUGGUAUUAGUGUCUUCCAUAUUAUCAUUAAGAAAAAUAGAAAAAAAAAGAGAGAGAAAGAGAGUAAGAAAGAUAGAAAGAAAAAAGAGCGGCAAAAAAUAAGAUAA